UAUUAUUUCUGUACGACAAAGAGAUACGGUAAAUCGGGGGAGAGAGAACCAUGAUAAGUGUGUGAGCCGAGAUGUAUGUCACAUAGUAGGCCUAAUGGACUUAUUUGUAUAAAACACGAAUUUUAACCCCAAAUAUAAUAACGUUAGGAGCAAUCACUGAACACUUCAACGGAAUUAAACUCUGGGAGAACAUGGAGAAGAAACGGUGGGAUUGCUCGGCUCUCCCCAAGGGCUGGCAAAUUGAAGAAGUGACCAGAAAGUCGGGUUUGUCUGCGGGGAAAAGCGAUGUCUAUUAUUAUAGCCGAGGUAAGGAAGAAGAAGAAGAGGAGGAGGAGCAGAGGCGAGAAAGGGGGGAGGCGGGUCGGUUGUAUAGUUUGUGUCCAACCGGGAAGAAGUUUCGGAGCAAGCCUCAGCUGGCUCGUUACCUUGGCAACCAGAUGGACCUCAGCUCCUUCGACUUUCGCACGGGGAAGAUGCUCAUGAGUAAACUGAACAAGAACAGACAGAGACUGCGCUAUGACAACAACAAUCAGACCAAGGGCAAGCCAGACCUGAACACAUCACUUCCCGUCAGACAGACUGCUUCCAUCUUUAAGCAGCCUGUCACCAAGGUUACCAACCACCCCAGCAACAAAGUCAAGACUGAUCCACAGAAAGCCGUGGACCAGCCAAAACAGCUUUUCUGGGAGAAGAAGCUUGGUGGUCUCAAUGCGUUUGACAUCGCAGAGGAGCUAGUGAAGACAAUGGACCUGCCUAAAGGUUUGCAAGGAGUUGGACCUGGAUGUACAGACAAGACUCUACUGUCAGCAAUAGCCAGCGCCCUGCACACUAGUGCAGCCCCCAUCACCGGUCAGCUCUCUGCAGCCGUGGAGAAGAACCCAGGGGUGUGGCUCAACACGACCCAGCCCCUCUGCAAGGCUUUCAUAGUCACUGACGAGGACAUCAGGAAGCAGGAAGAGCUGGUGUACAGUGUGAGGAAGAAGCUGGAGGAGGCUCUAAUGGCGGACAUGUUGGCUCAUGUGCAGGAAGCAGCCAGUGAAGGCGACUCACUCAAUGAAGGCAAUGAUGACAUGGAGACUGUAUAGCAGAGGCGUUCCUGCAGUGCUGACAGGCCUCCACAGCUCAGGGUUAACUGCUGCUGUGAAUGAGACCAUAGAAGAGAAAGUGCUUGUAAAUCCUUCCAUCUCAAUCACCUCCUCCUUGAGAUGAACAGUUAACCUGGCUGCUCUGAGGUUUUCAUUUCAGCCUGUCAGACCAGUGCUUGGACACAUGAUAGAAGGGGAAGAGGACACAAACUGUUUUAGACCUCUGCCUGUUGGAGUAACUUAGGAGUCUAUCUACUCUGGACUUGGUCAGGGCCUUUGCAGACAGAGGCUUCGUGUCUGAGAAAGCAAAAAAAAAUGAUUAUGAUUGGAACUAUUGAGUUGUACACCAAGGUAAGCGUUUGAUCCAGCAUAUCUGAUUGUAGCUGAGUAGACUUCAUUUGUUGACAGUUUGUUUUCACUGACGUGUUCUUGGUAGAAAUGGAUUUGAUAUCAUGUUGUCAUUGUGAAACCCAACCCUGUUAGUUCAUUGUUAUCGAUUUGAUAUCAUGUUGUCAUUGUGAAACCCAACCCUGUUAGUUCAUUGUUAUUGAUUUGAUAUCAUGUUGUCAUUGUGAAACCCAACCCUGUUAGUUCAUUGUUAUUGAUUUGAUAUCAUGUUGUCAUUGUGAAACCCAACCCUGUUAGUUCAUUGUUAUCGAUUUGAUAUCAUGUUGUCAUUGUGAAACCCAACCCUGUUAGUUCAUUGUUAUUGAUUUGAUAUCAUGUUGUCAUUGUGAAACCCAACCCUGUUAGUUCAUUGUUAUUGAUUUGAUAUCAUGUUGUCAUUGUGAAACCCAACCCUGUUAGUUCAUUGUUAUUGAUUUGAUAUCAUGUUGUCAUUGUGAAACCCAACCCUGUUAGUUCAUUGUUAUCGAUUUGAUAUCAUGUUGUCAUUGUGAAACCCAACCCUGUUAGUUCAUUGUUAUUGAUUUGAUAUCAUGUUGUCAUUGUGAAACCCAACCCUGUUAGUUCAUUGUUAUCGAUUUGAUAUCAUGUUGUCAUUGUGAAACCCAACCCUGUUAGUUCAUUGUUAUUGAUUUGAUAUCAUGUUGUCAUUGUGAAACCCAACCCUGUUAGUUCAUUGUUAUUGAUUUGAUAUCAUGUUGUCAUUGUGAAACCCAACCCUGUUAGUUCAUUGUUAUCGAUUUGAUAUCAUGUUGUCAUUGUGAAACCCAACCCUGUUAGUUCAUUGUUAUUGAUUUGAUAUCAUGUUGUCAUUGUGAAACCCAACCCUGUUAGUUCAUUGUUAUUGAUUUGAUAUCAUGUUGUCAUUGUGAAACCCAACCCUGUUAGUUCAUUGUUAUUGAUUUGAUAUCAUGUUGUCAUUGUGAAACCCAACCCUGUUAGUUCAUUGUUAUUGAUUUGAUAUCAUGUUGUCAUUUAGAAACCCAACCCUGUUAGUUCAUUGUUAUUGAUUUGAUAUCAUGUUGUCAUUGUGAAACCCAACCCUGUUAGUUCAUUGUUAUUGAUUUCUGUGUGCAUAUGUGAAGUUGCAAAGACAUGUUGGACAUUUCUGUCCAUUACUGUGAGUCAGUUUGGAUCAGCUAAUGUAUGUUGGCCUACGUGUCAUGACAUGUCAAUAUCGUGAUAGAAAGGCACAUAACUGCUGUAUAAGCUCAUGCUCAACGGGUUGGCAAUGAUCCACAUUGUAUGUGGUGCACAGGAUCUUGUGCCAGGAGGUUGUCAUUACGAGGAUAGCUGGGAUGAUUGAAAAGAUGAGUAAUCCGAGCUGAGAGAAAAGGAUGACAGACGUUCAUUUUUAACGGCAUUUAAGAGUGUUUUAUGCUAAUGGGAGACUGUAUAGCAGAGGCAGGCUACUGUUCAGAGAGACUGUAUAGCAGAAGCAGGCUACUGUUCAGAGAGACUGUAUAGCAGAAGCAGGCUACUGUUCAGAGAGACUUUAUAGCAGAGGCAGGCUACUGUUCAGAGAGACUAUAGCAGAGGUAGACUACCAUUCAGAGACUGUAUAGCAGAGGUAGGCUACUGUUCAGAGAGACUGUAUAGCAGAGGUAGGCUACUGUUCAUAGAGACUGUAUAGCAGAGAUAGGCCACUGUUCAGAGAGACUGUAUAGCAGAGAUAGGCCACUGUUCAGAGAGACUGUAUAGCUUUAUGGCUUGAUGCCUAAACAUUUGUGCUCUGUUUUUCACCUUUAAUUUACGCAACUUUUAGGCAUCAUGAUGCAGAAAAUAAAACAUCUAUAUUUUUGCAUUUUUUGGAUGUAUUCCUUUUUCUUAUUUUCUACCUUUUUAUUUUGACAGGGAGUCAAUGCUGAGACCAAGGUCUCUUUCCAGAUUAUCUAUGUUUAGCACAACAAUACACAUGAAAAUACAAUCAAAAUCCUAUUUUUCGAGAGUGUCGGUGUCUCCAUCUCUUCCAGUAUUCUCAUUUUGAGAACGGACAAUGGCCGACAAAUGUCUUGCUUGGGUGGCACCUGGCAGUGUAACAGGGAAAGGCACAUAGAGUAAUAACAGACUGUAGAGUUGAGUGUCCUGUGUGAUGUAAAAUUAUCCUCUCCAAUUUCUACUCUGCAGCUGUGUGUUGGACCACUGGCUGUUGGGUCUGUCCACCUAGUGUAAACAUUAGUAUAGGAAAUCCCCCUCAAUGCACGCUCACUUCUUCACUAGGUGUCCUCUUAUUCAAUAAGCUCAACGUUUGUGAUAAUGUGUAUUUCUGUAACAGGGUGCUCGUGUGUGGUUGCCUGACCCAGAGGCAGUGUGGGUAUCAGCCAAGCUCCUCAAGGACUACAACCCUGGAGACGAGAAUGUACUUCUGCAGAUCAGCGCACAUGCACAGUCAACAGCUAUACUGUACUGUACUGUAGAUGUGUUGUUAGUCACUCUUGAUAAGCGUCGCAGGUGGCUGGUGGCACCUUAAUUGUGGAGGACGGGCUCAUAGUAAUGGCUGGAAUGGAAUGAAUGGUAUUCCGCACAUUAUUAUGAGCUGUCCUCCCCUCACCAGCCUCCUGUGAUAAGCAUCUGCUAAUGUAAAAUAUUUCAUGUGUCACCCUCAUCCACCCCUCUCUCAAGGAUGUGCAGUACCCAGUGAUGCCUCCCUCUGGCCUCCCCCCUCUGGGCAACCUUGAUAUUCUGGAGGGGGAGAAUGACCUCACUGCUCUCAGCUUCCUACAAGAGCCUGCUGUUCUUCACAACCUGAGUGUGAUGAAAGGACAUAGUGAGAGAGGAAUGGUAGGAAUAGGUUGAAGGAGAAAGUGAAAGAGAGAGGGGGUGUGGGUCUUUCUUCAGAUUCUGUUUGGCCAUAGGACAGAUGCAGCUCCUGGUGCUCCUGCCUUUAUGGUCAUGACCUCAUAAAGCCAUCUUUACUAAGUGUUAAGUUAAUUGGAGCAAUUUCAAUGUACACUGAGUGUACAAAACAUUAGUAACACCUGCUCUUUCCAUGACAUAGACUGACCAAGCUUGUGGCACCUGGCAGUGUAAUCUGAUCCACUUCGAUCUGUGUAGAUGAAGGGGAAAGGACAGGUUAAAGAAGGAUUUUUAAGCCUUGAGACAAUUGCGACAAGGAUUGUCUUUGAUACCCCUGUACUGACGUCACCUUCUGGAUGGAAGCGGGGUGAACAGGCCGUGGCUCGGGUGGUUGUUGUCCUUGAUGAUCUUUUUGGCCUUCCUGUGACAUCGGGUGCUAUAGGUGU